AUGCAGUCUGAUAACAAUUUAAAUUUGGCCUCUGGGUCACAAGCGACCCCUCAGAUUACCCGCGGUAAGCCAGGGGAAGGGACUCUGUUCCCUGAUUUCUCCGCUCCUGCGGACAUACAAGCAUUAUUCGAUGCCUCUGUUUCCCGGUCCAUUACGCAGGCUAUGGUUUCUGCUAUGGGCGCUGUGUCGACACCUCUGUCGCAGAGUAUUACCCAGGCCCUGCUACAAGCCCAACAGUCUGCGCAGCAGACGGGUAUGUCAACUGCACCUAGCAUGACACCGGUCUCUCAAGGCCGUAAGGCUACGGCAAAGACCAAGCAUUCCUCCAAAACUCAAAAAAAAAAAUAGAACAAAAUAGCGCAAUAUAAAAUUUAAUCGUCUGUAUGACACCAAAUAUUAAAAGUCCAAAGAUAAAACAUUUUUUAGCUGCCAGACAUAAAAGGUUAUUCCGUAAACCGAUGUGGUAGAAUGUCCAAAAGUAGAUAAAUGUCAGCGCUGUGCAAUAGCCCCAAAUAAGUGUUUGUGGGGAAGCUGGGUAUUGAGAUAAAUGUGUAUGAUAUGACUCCAAAACUGCUUUGACUGACAGUGUCACUACUGUCUCAGAUGGCACUCAACUACCACUGCGCAAAAGAAAAUUGGCUAGAUUGUGGAAGCGGGCGAGAGCCCAGCUGGAGUCAGAACUCAGCGACAUUGAGGAGGAAAUAGAUGAGUCCGAUAAGGACGUUUUGGAUGGUCAGUCCGAAUCAGACUCCGACGGUGCAAUUGGAGAGUAUUCCGCCUCCUUCAGCAUUUCCCCGUGA